CCCUUUUUGGUCCAAUGCGAUGGCAAUGCGACGGGACACCAACCGCCGCAAAAACACAUUCUAGGAUUCAGCCGAAUGAGUGUCGGGCAGGCUCUGCCUUGGCCGGCCACUGCUACAAGGGAACCGAGAAAAAUCACCUCGCGUCACACACUUGACGACAACCUCAUCCUUUGCCGACACACGUCCGCUCAGGACCGCAUAGCCUUUCGGUUUUGAUAUCUUCGAGCAUUUACUUCGAAAAGCCUUCUCUUGGAGCGAUUCUAAAACUACCAGGCACCAGCCGUUUAUUGCGGGGCUUGUCUACGGAUGCCCCAAUACUACACUACAGUCACUUCCACUUUAAUCGGCGUUCCGAGACAAAGCGUCAUUGUUUGUUUUGUCGCCUGGCAUCCGGUGUGGACGGUCCCACGAGUCUGCGACACUACAACACCGGGAACACCUCGCUUGUAAUACCCUUCUGUUUUUAUCUCUGUGGAACAUCGUCUUUUGUUUGCUUGGAUUUCCAAGACAUAUCUAGUUCCAGUCGCCGCGGGAAUCGACGUUCUUCUUUCCCCUCAUCUGCAUCUGCGGCCGUUUGGACCCGAGCGCUCAUGACCUACGCUGCAAGUCGACCACAGAACCCCUAAUUGAUGAUCUCGUCUGAACUUGUUCCUACACGUACACUCCUGCGCCCUGCCAUCCACUCGCAUCUCGUCCUCGUAUCCGAGAAUGGCACAGUCAAGAUAUUCAUUUGACGACGAUCAAAUGGCGGAACGAGAACCUCUUGGUUCGUCAACAUCUCCAUACCAUUCACGAAACCAGUACUAUCCGCCCUCGCGUUCCCAGCAACAGUACCAAAAUUCAUUCCGUCCGCCGUCCGCAUCCCGACCCGGAGCCCAUCCGGAUUCUGCCUUUGAGCGACUUCGUAUGGAGAGACGCAAGAGUCAAGGACAAUCAUCAGAAAGGAGUAAUGGCGAUGGCAACUUCAGAGCGUACAUACCAGCUGGUACGGCAUCCAACAGCUACGAGCCACAAGAUAUAGUGUCGCCUAUAUCCCCUCCCCAGCCGCCUCCUCAUCGCGCCGAGGGAAGAUCGUGGGGCAAUGAUCAGGUUAGCUACUCGGAGUCACAACGACCUAGGGCCCUCAGCAACAUCACUCCUGGAGCGGACGACUUCAGCAAUGCUGCUGCCGGUGGUGUGACGGGGAUUGCGCUGACUGUCGCUGACCAGACUGCGAGGGAGAGCGGACUCAACGCACUUGACGGCCCCGCUUACCCACAAGAAUACGACCAACAACCUACUCCAGGGCAAUUUCAAAGCCAACAGAACCCCGGGCCCAAUGUGCGCGAUGCAUCGAACUAUACCCAGGCGCAGAUGCCUUAUGCCAGUCCGUAUGCACAAAACAGCGGGCCCCCUAGCCUACAAAGCAGUUCGCAGGCAUUAAAUGCUGCGCAGUAUGCGCCGGGGGCCGGCACACCUGGGCAGACAAGUCCCUCCAGAAGCCCACAUCAAGGUCCUGGUACGACAGGUAUCUACACAGACGAUCCCUUUCUGAGCUAUGGCCGUCCUCAGCCACCAGGUCUGGGGGUUGUCGAUCCGCUCGCUGCUCUUGAUGAUGAUGACGAUGACGGGCUCAAUUACCACCGCAAGUCGAAAAGGAACAGCAUCCUCAGCCUCGGUAAUGGGAGCAACAAGAGCGCUGGAGCCGUUGCUGGCACCGCUGCCGCUGGCGGCGUCAUUGGCGGCCUGGCCAGCCGUAAUGAGAGCGGUAAUGUCUCUGGCUAUACUCCGAUCAAAAACAAUGUCCAGAUGACCGACACUAUACAUGCGGCCGGUCCAUAUAAACCAGGUUUCGUAGCUGAAAAGCCUGAGUGGAACUCUACCGGCAAGUCGAGGAGUAGGGGCAAGAAGUGGAGGCUAGCGGCCAUCCUGACGCUUGGACUUCUUGUUGCUGCCGCCAUUGUCCUCGGAAUUGUAUUCGGUGUUGUGCUCAAGCGCGGCGGCGAAGAUAAGAAACAGGGCGAUUCCGCCGCUGAUGACAUGCAAAACAAUGGGGAUCUCGACAUCAACUCCUCCGAAAUCCAGGCGCUCAUGAAUAACCCCGGCCUACACAAAGUCUUUCCGGGUAUAGAUUAUACGCCACUCAAUUCCCAGUACCCGGAUUGCAUCCACAACCCUCCUUCGCAAAACAACAUCACUCGUGAUAUCGCGGUUCUGUCACAGAUGACCAAUACAGUUCGGCUUUACGGCACCGAUUGUAACCAAACCGAGAUGGUCAUCCACGCGCUGAAGCAGCUGAAGCUUGAUAACACGAUAAAGAUUUGGCUGGGCGUCUGGCAGGAUGGCAACACAACGACUAAUGAUCGUCAGCUCUCCCAGAUGUGGACAAUUCUCGACAGUUAUGGCGAUAAAUGGUUCAAGGGUCUUAUUGUAGCUAACGAAAUUUUGUUCCGCAAGGAAAUGACUCUCGCCAGUCUGAGCACACUACUCUCCGACGUCCGUACGAACCUCACCUCUAGGGGCAUGAAGCUACCAGUGGCAACCAGCGAUCUUGGCGACAAUUGGGAUGAAUCACUGGCCAAAGUGAGCGAUUACAUCAUGGCGAACAUUCACCCUUUUUUCGGCGGCGUCAACGCCAAGGAUGCAGCAGCAUGGACCACGACUUUCUGGAACGACCAUGCUGGCACCUUUAUGAAAUCAGACAAGUCUAAAAACAUCAUCAGCGAGACUGGUUGGCCGUCACAGGGUGGGUCGGACUGCUACCCGGAUACCAAAAGUACCAACUGCCCUGGUCGUGCGGUGGCUGGCAUUACCGAGUUGAACCAGUUCAUGAGCGAUUGGGUAUGCCAGGCACUCGCCAACGGAACCGAGUAUUUCUGGUUUGAGGCCUUUGACGAGCCAUGGAAAAUCCGAUUCAACACCAAGGACCAGCAAUGGGAGGAUCACUGGGGUCUCAUGGAUGUGGACAGGAAUCUCAAAAAGGGAAUCAAGAUUCCGGACUGUGGUGGCAAGACGGUUGCCUGAGCAACAAGACGAGAAUUUUUGGCGCCAAUGCUGCGCAUUGCGACCGUGGCCUUGUCUCUAACGUAGUCUGGGACACCAACAAGGUAAUAUUGGUUUAGCCAUCAUGGUAGAACGGGUGUGCUGCUCCUUCGAGGACAGUAAAGCUAGAAAGGCUUUGGCAUGUAUAUGAUGGCAUGAUGAUGAAGGGUAGGAUCGAUAGAUCUUGCCAUGCGGACAUGGAAAAGAAUUCACGACUUUCUGUUUCACAAGCGUUAAUACGGCGUUCGUACAGCAAUACAAAGGAUAUUGUGUUCGUUAUAUGGCCUGAUAUCUCUUGGCUUGGUCGAUGGAGGUCCUUCGGGGGGCCUCUGUUUUUUUUUUCGUUUUGUUUUUUUUCCUAUACUCGAUCACGAUAUAUUUCAUGGAUAUGGGUGACAAGAUAUUGUUGCUGGGGCUUGCUUUGCUGGACUUGAAUGGUUAGGACUGCCUUGGAUUGCGUGGCCUUGCAUUACCGUUAACCCUCUUUGCCAGCUGCUCUAUCAUUGUUCGACAUAGAUCAUACAGCUCUUUGCUCUUCGAUUCUUCUUGCCGCCUGGGUGGGCAAUCUCUCAUGAAUAUGUUAGCGUAUUAGUCACCACCAGCGCAAUAGACGUUGACUUUCAUAUAUAACAUACACAAAUCCACCUACACUUUAACGUUG